AUGUCGCCUCAGUUUUCUGGCGCUCCUGCUGAGACUAUGGCUCAUCGUACCGAGAUGCAGAGUACUAUGCUCUCUCUGCCAGGCUCUCCUACGGCUAUGGGAUGUCUUCCGCCAGUCUCUCAUCAGCACGCUGAAACUGCCCUGCAGGGUGAGCAGGAGCAAGGAUCCCACUUUGACAAUGCUUUCUUCGAUCCAGAUGACAUAUCAUUUGAGAAACUGCACACUCAUGUUCCUGACGACUUUGACUGGGAGGCAUUCGAUAAAACGUACAGAAAUCCUCGUGAGCAAGGAGCAAAUGUCUUGUUCGAACGCCGCAACCUCAUCCAUACUCACAAUGCCCGUGGCUAUGGAGACAUCCAACGUCUAGCUGAUGACCAUGGCCACGAGACCCAGUACGCUGGAAUCUUCGAAAGGGCAGUUGAGACUCGCAACAAGGGUCAACUCGAUGCUGAUAUCUGGGGAAGUAUCAUCCAGUCACCCAUUCCUCCUAGUAUCAAUUCUGUUCUUGAGGAAUCCCCUAUCAAGCAUCACAACAACACACCCAGAGCCCAUCACAUUGAACAAGGAACUGCGCGUCAUGGGGUUGGCAGCUCCAAUGCUCAAGACCACGAAGAGAAGGAUGACAUUCCCAGUUAUGGCGACCCCUCUGUUCAGCAGCACGAUGUCUCAGUGGAGUCUAUCGGUGUUGGCAGUUCCAAUGUCGGAACCCACGAGGACACAGACCAUGCUUGCAGUGGUGGCACAUCUGGUGCUUAUAACGACGUGGAGAUGACCGAGAGCCACACAUGCGAAGGCCUCGAUGCUGGCACUUCCGUCGUCCAAGCCUGCGUUCAAGCUGUAGAAGAACCUGCAAAGAAAACUACUCCUCCCCUUGCCAAACAGUCGGAUGGGGGUAGAAGAAGAAAUGGCAAUCAAGGCCAAACAUAUGCUAGGAACGAGCCAAUUCAUUCAGACGUGUCCGGAGAGAAAGAUGAAACGUCCGAAGCACAGUCCUCGUCCCAAAAGAAUUCGGGUGACAGCACUCCUCCCGAGGCAAAUCUUGAGGACCUUAUUGACCCUGCUCUCACCGCAUCGAUUCAGAACCUUGUUCCCAAUUCGGAGACUGCCAACAUGGCCACUCAUCCGGCUCACAAUGCCGAAAAGGCAUACGGAACCCCUGCUGGCAGCCAGGAGACACAGCUGGCGUAUCCCUCCGGCAGCCAGGGUGUUACUACUUCUUCCAUGCAAGACGAGUCCCAACAGUCGAAUGGUUCGGCUGUUCUCGAUCAUCAUACGAACAACCAGGCACACCGGCCCCCAGCCGUGCAACAUUCGCAACGUCGAUCUUUGAGCUCCGCUGCGGCUCCCAAUCAUGUUGACCAAAGCCAGGAACAUCCUGCGCGGGACAUUUCAAACGAGCAGCAGCAAAUUCAACCCCGACCAGUUAAUUCUGCGAGACCUGCCCAGGGCCAGGCACCUCAAAGUCCACAUGCGUCCGUGAUCUCCGCAGCCGCUUCCAAUGAUCAUCAUAGCAGCGAGGCACACCAGGCCUUAUCGGAGCAAGCCUCCUCUGAUUCAGCUGCUGACAGACGUAAGAAACCGACAGUCGUCGACAAACUUUUUCCGCAAAUCAAUACAAUACCCGGAUUACCGACCUCUCAUGAUCUCAUGAACCCCGAGUGGAGCAGACCGGAAAUACAAACCACCGAAAUACAAACCAGAUUCGCGUCCUUGGAAGAGGCGAUGAGUGCGCUCGAUUCUCCCAAAGGACCCGGUCGCGACCCGCAUUUGGUAGUCUCGCAGGCCCAAAAGGUCGCGAUUGUGAACUCUUUUCUGCGGGCAAUGAUGAACCUCAAGGACGUCGACGACAAGGCAAAAACCACACUUGUGUGGAAGAACACUAUACGAAGAAAACCAGUGGAAAUCGAGGUCGCUUGUUGGAAUAUCCUUGAGGCGAUGAUUGAAUAUCAUCGCACAAUGCCGUUGCCUCCUCCAAAGGAGAAGAAAAGGGACAAUAAAGGGCGCAAGGAGAAUGAGGAGGACGAGGAGGACGAAGAGGAAAAAAAGAAGGUGAAAGAUCCCGCCAGAACCGGGGCGCUACUUUCCUUCCCGGACAGGGCUGCGGCCAUUGUCCGGAUCUUUCACGUCAGCAAGUCCACCUGCAAGCGGAUGCUAGACUACGGUGCCAAAUACAUCCGCGAAUUCGUGGAUGCCCCGCUGGACUGUCUGGUCCGGUGCCGCGCGAACGUUAUUGUCAACCAAACCAAGGGAGGGCAUAUCAAGACCGGAAGGGCCGUCGCGGCGAAGAAAGACGCAGCAGCGAAGGCAAAGGCGGAGGGGAAGGGAAAGGGAAAGGAGAGGGGAAAGGGGAAGGCAAAGGCUGAGGCGGAGGCUGAGGCAGAACUGCCAGUCGGCGGAGAUUCUGCUGAUGAAGCCCAUGAAGUCGAGGAAGCCGAGGAAGCCGAGAAGGCCGGAAAUGACUCUCAGGAAACUGUCACUGUCCAGGGUCAAGACAUUCCAGGUCAGCGUGGUCCCUCGUAUGCUUCGGCGGCACGCAGACAGUCAAGCUACGCGCACAGAGGACAGUACUCGCAGGGUUAUUCCAUGCAAGGCCAGACCAGUACCGAACACAACCAAGGCAUGAACAAUAACAGACACGUCCAAGGUAUAGUCUAUACAGGACAGUACCAAGGUGCGUCCAAUACCGGACACAUCCAACGCAUGACCUAUCCAGGACAGUCCCAUGGCGUGUGCUAUACCGGAUACAACAACAUCUUCCCCGGUGUGUCCAAUAGCGGCCAAAUUCAACGCACAAUCAAUGCCGGACAGCUCCCUCCUACAAACACCGGUGGACUUCGUCCAAGCAUGAACAACAUAGUGAACAUGUUCCCCAUGGAUCAGGCGUUGACCGCCCCUCGUCUUCCCUAUGGAUCACACUCCGGAUAUGACCAGCUCAGCAUAUCUCCUGAACUCAGUGCAGCAGCUGCUCCGAAUUCUCACGCUCCAAAUUCUCACACGUCAUCAAUGGAUUCUUACCUGUGGGAAGCAAGCCUGGGUAUGGAGAUGCCACCAGCGCCUCAACACCCCCUUCAACUGCCAACUUAUCAUCAGCCGACUUCGACUUCCAGUUCAGUGGCCGGCCUGAAUCCUGUCGUUUCGAGAAGCAUGGGGUCGAAUCAUGGUCUGCCGCUAAACAACCAAACGCGCGGCCGUAAGCGAGGAUCAACCGAAACUGGCACUGAUGAACACUGCCCUCCUACCAAGAGACGUCGUUAG